AUCGACUACUCAUUAUAUGAGGUCCUUCCUAUGGCGAUCACUGCUGACGUUAUCAUCGCCGUGGCCAUCGCGCCGUCCAAUGGCCCAGCCAAGUUCCGCGUCCAAAACGUGGACGCUGAGAAGUUCGCUGCCCGGGAGUUCGAGGUCCCUCAGAACGGUGACUUCGAUAUCGAUGCGACCGCAUUGGAGUGGUCGAAUUACUUUAAGUCCGGGCUACGAGGCGCCCUGGAGCUCUUGAAGUCAAAGCAGAAGACAAGUGAGCCGUUCCAACCUGCUGGGAUGGACAUCCUCAUCGAUGGGACCGUACCUCCUGGAGGCGGACUGUCCAGUAGCGCUGCUUUCGUCUGCGCAAGUGCUCUGGCGGCCAUGCGCGCUAAUGGCGUGGAGAAGGUCGAUAAGACGGAGCUUGUCGAGUUGGCCGUUGUGUCGGAGCGAGCAGUCGGAGUCAAUUCGGGCGGGAUGGACCAGGCUGCAUCUGUCUUUUCUGCGCGUGGUUCUGCGCUCUACGUAUCAUUUGUCCCCGAGCUGAAGGCAAAAUUGGUUUCCUUCCCUGAGACCGACCCGGAGCUUGUCUUCCUGAUCGCGCAGUCGUUCGUUGUGGCGGAUAAGCACGUCACGGCUCCCAUCCACUAUAACCUCCGUGUUGUGGAGUGCACAAUCGCAGCAAAUGUGCUGUUCAAGAUCUUUGGGUUGAAGGGGUCGCUCCCGGAGGAUAAAUCACCCCUCGGAAACUCCCUACGCAGUUUCCAUGAAGCGUACUUCCAACAAAAAGAAGGCGUCUCCGACCCCUCGGCGGUUUCCGUCGACGAAUUCCAAGUCCAACUCACCAAGCUCGUCCAGCUAACUGAAGACUAUAUGAUCCAAGAAGAAGGCUACACGCGCGAGGAAAUCGGCGAGCUCCUCGGUAUCGACCCCGCGGAGAUCGACAAGCGAUUCUGCAGCAAGUUCGCCGUCCGCGCCGAGCGCUUCAAGCUGCGGCAACGCGCCCUGCACGUCUUCACCGAGGCGCUCCGCGUCGGCCACUUCUACAGGAUUCUGACCGAUAGCGGCUCGAAGAGUACGGGUAAAGAGGUGCUCGAGGAACUGGGUUCGCUCAUGAACACCACACAGGAAUCAUGUCGCGAUAUCUACGAAUGCUCAUGCCCAGAGCUCGACACGCUGUGCGAGCUCGCUCGUGGCGCCGGAUCGUAUGGCAGUCGGUUGACUGGGGCUGGAUGGGGCGGAUGCACUGUUCAUCUGGUUCCGAAGGAUAAGGUGGAGGCGAUCAAGGACGCGUGGAGGGUCGGGUAUUAUGCGAAGAAAUGGCCGGAGGUGGGAGAUCAGGAUUUGGAGAAGUGGAGAGGGGGAGCAGUGGUGGUCAGCCGUCCGGGCAGUGGCAGUGCUCUGUACCAGGUCCCGCAAUAAGGUGAACACACGAUGAUGGAUUCAUAAGGAUCGCGGAAAGCAGGGGUAGGCUUUGAGGGCCUCACAUUUCUUGCAUUAUCUGCAUAAUUAUCGCCCGCAGAGGGGUACCCUUCCACUGGAAAUUCGCUCUUCCAGCUUGAUCUUCGUGGAUAAGAUAUGACAACGUGAUAUAUGACUGACAAUCCUUGAACAUAGCUAGGUCAUCCCAUCGUCGUGGCCGGAUCGCGGAAACCCCCCAAGCCCACAGCCCCUCUACGCCCCCUUCUCCGCCUCUGCACCCUUCACCGACACCAACUUCCCCACCACCAAAUAUUUAUCCUCAAACCUCUCUUCCCA